AUGCGUUGGAGCAUUUUGCUUUUUUUGGGACUUGCAGCUGUCUUAGAAGCCACAACGGAAGAUGUUGCACAACCAGAAGUGAGAAUUUUUCUAACAUCUUUAACGAAUUUCAUUGAUUAACCUCCCGUACAUUUCAAACUUUUUGAGGUCCUCGUUGUAACUGUGGCGACCGAAGAAACGGACGGCCUCAAGAGGCUUCUGCAUUCGGCGCAAGCUUUUGACCUCAAGGUCAAAGUUCUUGGUUUAGGCGAGAAGUGGCGUGGCGGCGACACUCGUAUCGAACAGGUUUGCUCCAGAGAAAAAUGAAACUUCCAAACUAGGAUUGGAUUUGAAUUCUUCAUUACAGGGCGGUGGACAGAAAAUUAGGAUCCUAUCAAAAUGGGCAGAAGACUACAAGGACGAGAAGGACACUAUCAUCAUUUUCGUUGACGCGUAAGAAAUGCCUAGAGUGGCGCCUCAGAUAAUUACCUACAGAUACGACGUCGUUUUCAACUCGGGCGUCGACGUCAUCUUGCACCGAUUCUUCGACCAUUAUUCCGACAAAAGAGUUAUUUUUGGAGCCGAGCCAUUCUGUUGGCCUCAGCAAGACUUGGCUCCUGAGUAUCCAAUCGUGGAGUUUGGAAAGAGGUGAAAUAAAUGAAAAAUUCGAAAAUCAGGUUCAAGUGUCUGAAAUUUUCCUUAAAGUGUUCUUCAUUCGUUCUGACUUCAAGUUUUUAGAUUCCUGAACUCGGGGCUCAUCUUGAGCUACGCCCCUGAGUUUUACAAGAUGCUCACUUUCAAAGAAGUCAAAGACAAUGACGACGAUCAGCUUUACUACACUAUGAUCUAUCUUGACGAAAAACUUCGGGUAUCUGAAAAAAGAAAGAAAGACAAAAGAACGCGAACUUCACAGAGAGACUUGAAAAUUGGUCUGGAUUCGAUGGCGCGCAUAUUCCAAAACUUGAAUGGAGUUGUGGAUGACGUCGAGUUGCAGUUUGAUGACGACGGGAAUGCCGAGGUGAAAGUCAAAAGCCCUAGAAAUCUUCAAUUAGACUUCCAGGCUUACAACGCUGCGUACAAUACGCAUCCAGUAAUUAUUCAUGGGAACGGGCCGAGCAAACGUCAUCUGAACUAUUUGGGCAAUUAUGUCGGACGUCGGUGGUCGUCCGCAUUGGGAUGCGUCGAAUGCGGAGACAAGUCGACUCUCGAUUUCAAGGUUCGCUUUCUCGGAAAUAUCGCACUGCUCAUUCUAACUUUCAGAGCUUGGAAGAGAAAGAUUAUCCACUUAUUGGCGUGAAUUAUUUCAUCCACAAAGCGAUUCCGUUCGUGGAAGAGUCCAUGGAAGCGCUUGCAAACUUGGAUUACCCUAAAAGCAGGAUCGUAUUAUUUAUUUAUAACAACCAGAGAGGCUCCAUCAAGACUGUAAUUCGCUAAUUGUGACUGGACCAACUGUUUUUUUUCUCAAAGGUUAUGGACUUCCUGGUUAAAUACGGCAAGCAGUACUACUCGAAGAAAGUAAUCAACGGAGUCACUGAACUGGGAGAAAGAGAAGCCAGAAACGAUGCAUUGUGAGAAGUUCCUGAUAUCAGAAUCAACAUUAACGCCUAGAACUUUCAACUCGAACUUCAACGUGGACUACACCUUUUUCCUGGACGCCGAUGUGCUUUUAACAAACAAACAGACGUUGAAGGACUUGGUCGAGUACUCUUCCAAUUAUGGAAUGUCCGUUUUAUCUCACAACUCAAAGAAAAAAAAAUUCUUUCCUUCAAAAUUUGAUAUUUUUAGCGGUUUUGUUGCUCCUCUACUGACACAGCCAGGAAAAUUGUUCAGUAAUUUCUGGGGCGCGAUUGCGCCAAAUGGGUACUACGCAAGGAGCGAAGACUACAUGGCUAUCAUCCAAAAUAAAAGAAGUGGAUAUUGGAAUGUAAGGCAAAGGUUAUUUCGAUGGAAAAAAAACGGAACAGGUCCCUUUCAUCACCUCUGCCGUGCUUUUCACCAAAGACAAGCUCAAGGUGAUGAGACAGCCUUUCAACUACAACACCAAUCUCGACGCUGACAUGUCUUUUUGUCAAUGGGCGAGAGAAAACGUAAGCGUAAAAAAGAAAAUUUCCCACUUUGUCUAUUUCACGGUUUUUUUUUUCAUUCACUAAGAAUAACUGCCGAGAUGGUGGUAUGAAAAAAACACCAGCGAAAAUUCAAACGGCGACUUUUCCGAUUUUUUCAUAUCGCUAGGGAACUUUCCGACGGCCACCUUUCCGACGAAACUUUUUCCGACUUUUUUCCCUUAUGCUUUUCGGUUUAUAAAACGUCUAUGAACAUUUUUUUUUUCCUAUUUCUAUGUGUUUUUAAUUAUGAACAAACUACCUACUUUAUAUAGGAAGAUGUAAAACGAAGAGUUUAUCGAGAAAAAAAAGUCGGAAAAAGUUUCGUCGGAAAGGUGGACGUCGGAAAGUUCCCUAGCGAUAUGAAAAAAUCGGAAAAGUCGCCGUUUGAAUUUUCGCCGGUGUUUUUUUCAUACCACCGCCGAGAUAAACGCGAGACACUGGCGGUACAUUGACGAGCUCGCAAACAUCUCGCAUUUUUUCUCGCGCCGGUUUCGCAUUUGUUUGGGCGCGAGCUCGCAUUUCUCUCGCAAUUUGAAAAUUUCCGAAAUGCAAGAUAAAUGCGAGAUGGCGCCGAGAAAAAUGCGAGGUCGCGCCGAGAGAAAUGCGGGAUCGCGCCUAGAAAAAAGCGACAUUUUUGCGAGUUAGUCAAUGUACCGCCACCGAGCUCGCAUUUAUCUCGUCAGUUAUUCUUAGUGUUACUCAAGGUCAAGACUUUUCGUAAAUUAUGAUGCUUAGGGUGUAAGCACACCGAGACGCACUAUCGCAUACUCAAAAUGUUUUUUUUUCAAUUUUAGAAUUUGCGAUUUCAGGAUAAUAGCUCCUGAAAUGUUCGAAAUUUGUCAUUUUGAAGAAUAUGAUGUGAAAAAAACAUUCACUUACGUUAAAAAAACAUUUAUGAACGAUUUCGAAAAGGGGAAAACUCUAAAUUACUGAUUACAAAAUAAAAAAACAAAAAAAAUAUUAUAAAGGUGAAUCAGCUCCCAUUGAAUAAGUAUUUAUAAAUACGAAAAAUAUUGAAAUGAGGAAAAUUCAAGAAGCAAAUGAAAAAAAAACAUUUUAUAUACCUCGAAAACCUAGCUUCAGAAAAACAAAUAAUGGUUAGAAAGCAGAAAUUUUUAGAAAAAAACCUGGUGUGGCGAAAUUUUUUUGUUUUAAAUCCGAAAAAAACCAUCAAAAAAACUAGAAAAAUAUAAUUUAGAUGAUGCAUAUAUCAAAAUAAUUAAACUGCAUCAGCAAAUUCAAUUUGGCUCUAAUUUACACGAAACCGGUUUCAAACUACGUCAAAGGAACUAGAUAAUAACUUUUUUUAUUAUUAACUGAUUAAAUUAAAAAAACUAUAGUUUUUCGAAAUAGAGUGAUUCUUUUCAUGUCGCGAAACAGAUUUCAAAAAUUUUUGAAAAAAAUUAGGACUUUUUAGAAAAAAAUCUUCAACUUUUUUUGAGAAAAAAAGUUAAAGAUCUGAAACCGGUUUAGAAAAAGUGCGCAAUUUAAAAGCUCCACAAGAUGUACCCAUAGAGAGGCGGAUCACAUAAAUGCAAGAAAUAGAAAAAAAGUAAAAAAACCAAGGAAAAAAAAGUGAAGAAAUUCAAUUUUUUUGCAUCAGAAACCAUGAGAAGGGCGCAAUAAUGCGCCACGGAUAAUAUGCCGCUGGGACUCAAAAUUUCGCAUUUUUUUUUUCAUUGCGCGGAACACCGUGUAUUUGAUCUCAUGAAGUUUUCACAAACGUAAUCUGAUUAUUUAGGGACAUUUUUUGUUCGUGGAUAACGAAGCUGUACAUGGAAACCUUAUCAUCAGCGAAGAAUAUGCAGAAACGGUGACACAGGGAAAACAUCAUCCAGAAAUGUGGCAAAUUUUUGAGAACAGAAAGGUUUGAAUGGAAGAAUUUUUAAAAAGUCUACUGUAACAUUCUCUAGACAAAUUCACCAAUAACGUCGGAGGUUACGACAAUAAAUAUUUUUAAUCCAGCCACUAAGAAUAAGUCCCUAACAUUUUUAAAGCCUAACUGCCGAGAUAAACGCGAGACGCUGGCGGUACAUUGACGAGCUCGCAAACAUCUCGCUUUUUUUUCUCGCAUUUUUCUGAGCGCGAGCUCGCAUUUCUCUCGCAAUUUGAAAAUUUUCUGAAAUGCGAGGUCGCGCCGAGAUAAAUGCGAAAUCGCGCCUAGAAAAAAGCGACAUGUUUGCGAGUUCGUCAAUGGCGGUGUCGGUGGCGUUCGUCAAUGGCGUCAACGUCGGUCGCUUUUUUCUAGGCGCGAUUUCGCAUUUAUCUCGGCGCGACCUCGCAUUUCAGAAAAUUUUCAAAUUGCGAGAGAAAUGCGAGCUCGCGCUCAGAAAAAUGCGAGAAAAAAAGCGAGAUGUUUGCGAGCUCGUCAAUGUACCGCCACCGACCUCGCGUUUAUCUCGUCAGUUAUUCUUAGUGAGAUUUUUUUAUUUUUAAAUUUAUUUCUUUCAUUCCUUUUUAGAGUGUUUUUCAGAUCUUUUUCUCUUUCUUUUUUUCAAAUUUUUAUAUUAAAAAAAAUUCUUUUUUUCAAAAAUGUUUAUAUUGCAAUAAAUAAAUAUUGAACGUGCUCAGAAGCGCAGAAGGUCCUAUAAGUUUUGGCUAAGUAGUAGUGUGAGUGUUUUCUAGACAAUCAUGUACUAUUCGCAAAAAUAAAUUUGAAAAAGUACUAUGAAUUUAAGCACUGUAAUAUAUUUGCUUGUUAUUCAGUUAUGGGAAGCUCGAUAUGUGCAUCCGGAUUAUCAAAAGCUCCUGGCCGAAGAUGCCGUUGUCGACCAAGCAUGUCCCGAUGUUUAUGACUACCCACUGAUGUCCGAGCGUUUUUGCAAGGAACUGAUUGAGGAGAUGGAAACAUACGGAAAAUGGAGUGACGGAUCUAAUAAGGUAUAUUUUUUCAAUUGCGUGAAGUAAUUAUUUUUCACUUUUUACCCCAGACGUAUUGAAAAGAACCAAAAGAUCAGAAAAAGAUUUAUGAGUGAAGGAAGAGUGAAAUUAAUAACUUUCAAAGUUUAUAAAAUAUAAAGCGGAAGAAAUCCAUGUUUGAGCUGGGAAAAAUUUGAUGAAGUUUGUAAAUUUUGAUGCUUAUUUCCUCUUAAAAGCCUGUACAGAGACCUUUUUUAAUCUUUCACAAACGCUUUUUUAUAAUAAGAAGUUGCGUCGUUAAAAAGAAAUCGAAGUUUGGAAUACUUCAUAAAAGAAGAAGUUCCAAUGAAUUGCGGUCACUGUAAUCAUUUGAGUUUUUAAGGAUAACCGUCUUUCUGGAGGUUACGAAAACGUUCCGACACGCGACAUUCAUAUGAAUCAAGUGGGAUUUGAACGUCAAUGGCUUUACUUCGUCGACGAAUAUGUUCGACCUAUCCAAGAGAAGACAUUUAUUGGAUAUUACCAUCAGGUUUUGAUUACAUUUUGACAGAAGGAUUGAAUGGGACUAUUCAGCCCGUCGAAGCCAACAUGAUGUUUGUUGUUCGUUACAAGCCCGAAGAACAAGCUUCUUUAAGACCACAUCACGACGCAAGCACCUACAGGUUUCCAUGAUCUCACAUUUUUUCGGACUUUUUGAUACACGCGAAUUUAUAUUUUGUAGGAUUUUUAUUGAAGUUUGAAAUUUGACUAGGUGUACCAGAAGGAGAUUAUAAACGUCUUGAACUGCAAAACAUCCUAUUUUUCGAAAAUAAUGGGUUGAAGUCUUUAAAAUGUCCCGUUUUUAAAGAUUUUUCGAGGUUUUUUCCUAUUUUCAGUUUCCUGUUUUGUGUCUUCUCACUGAAAAGGAAAAUUAAUGCAGUUUGAGAUCGCUAAGAUUCCUUUUCUGGUACUUCAAGGAAUAUUUCGAGCAAUUUUCAGGAAAUUCUUCACAAAAAUGUUUCCUUGUGAUUGUUUAAACUUCAGUUUCAAAAUGUUUUUCGAAAAAAUGUGUUCUGGUAAAACAUUUUAAUCUACCUGUUAGCGUUAAAGUUUAUGAGAGCUUCUUGUUUUUCAUUAGGAAAAAUACAAAGUCAGUUUUUAAGUGAAAAAGUUAUAUAAAAGGCUUAUUUUCAGCAUCGACAUUGCUCUGAACAAAAAAGGUGUUGACUACGAAGGCGGAGGCGUUAGAUAUAUACGCUACAACUGCACGGUGGAAGCGGAUCAAGUCGGUCAGCGGAUUUUACAUAAAUUCCCGGAGCUUUUCUCGUUUCUGACUUCGUUUGAUGGAAAUUGUCUGGUUUCCAGGAUACGCCAUGAUGUUUCCUGGCCGUCUCACUCACAUGCACGAAGGCCUUCCGACGACCAAAGGAACUCGUUACAUAAUGGUUUCCUUUUUGAAUCCUUGAAUCAGAUUUUCUCAUUCUUUAAUGCCUGUCCAUCAUGUGCCUUCACAUCCUGUUCACGUGUAAUUUAUGUAAUGUAUUUGCAAUAUUUCAUCAUUUUGUUUGUUUCAAUUUUUAACUUAUCGCUUCAAUUGUUGAAACGGGAAAAGAAUAUUGCUUUAAAAUAUAUUUUCGUACUUUUUAAACGUUGUUGAACGCGUUCGUAUAUCCACAUAAAUUUUGAUUCCAAAAUUAUGUAUAAAUCGUCGUUUCAGAUGAUUUUGAGGCCUUUAAGAAGAAAAGGAUCCAGUUUAUGCCAACGUUCGUUGCAUUCGAUUUCUAAAGAUGCCGACGUCAUUGUCAUAGGUUUUUUUUAUGAGUUUAGAAAUUAAUAAAAAGUUCUACAAAAGCAAAUUAGUUUUAUCAGUCAGGUGAAAUGUGUGCGAAUUAGAAAUGUUUUCAAUGAAUCUGGCUCCCAAAAUCCUCGUUUCCCAGGAGGAGGCCAUGCAGGCUGUGAAAGCGCGGCAGCGUCUGCCAGAUGUGGCGCCAGGACCAUUCUGGUCACCCAAAACAAAGACACUAUCGGCGAAAUGAGCUGCAACCCGAGUUUCGGUGGCAUAGGCAAAGGUUUUCAGGCAAAAUGAGACUAUUGAAUGAUUUAGCCCGAAUUGAGGACAUUUAAUUCGAGAAGUGGACGCUUUGGACGGACUUUGUGGUCGUGUCUGCGAUAAGUCGGCCAUAACCUACCAAGGUGGAUUUUUCGUUUCAUUGAAUAUAAAAUGAAGGAUCUGAAGCUUUGAAUCUGGCCCAGGGACCUGCCGUACUAGGGCUGCGGGCACAGAUUGACCGCACGCUCUACAAAAAACACAUGCAGCGGGUAAAAUUCAUACUCCCCAUUCUGUCAAACAACUUGAAAAGGCAGGAAAUGAACAGUGUGAAGAACUUGGAAAUUUUGGAAAGCGAGGUGGACGAACUCCUAGUCAGCAAUGAGAAAAGACCGGCAAUCUCUGGCAUCAAAUUGUCCGAUGGGAGGACUUUGCGGUUGGAAAUUUCUCAAGAAGAGUUUGGAAUUGGCGAUUCAGAGCAAAGUGCGUUGUUAUCACGACGGGAACGUUCCUGAGGGGCGAGAUCUACCAGGGACUGAACACUUGGCCGGCAGGUAGAAUCAAUGAGAAGGUGAGGAGAAUCCGUUGGGGAAACUCGGGAAUGUCGUUCCAGAGCUCUACAGGCCUUUCGAAAAGUUUCUUGCGCUUGGGACUGACGCUCGGACGGCUGCGCACAGGAACUCCUCCACGAUUGCUCAAAGUGCAGAAGACUUUCUGAAAAAAAAGGAAUUGCGUUUUUCAGGAUACGAUCGAUUUUUCGCAGUUCGAGCUGAUGCCUCCGGACAAAAAUCCGAUUCCUUUCUCCUUUCUCAACGAUUCUGUUUGGCUUCCGCCUUCUGAGCAAGUGCGCGGAUUUCUUCUGUUUUAUUUUUAUUUUUAAGAUCUUCAAAUAAUUUCAAGGUUCCUUUCGUAGUAAGAUUUUGAAAACGGGAACUGAAGAUACCAUUAAUGUCCUUAAAAUGGGCGAAAAAUGCUCAUUUUCUGACCUUUUCAAGAGAGAAACAUUUAUUAAUUUUUUUAGAAAAAGUCUUGUGAAAUAUUUUUUUCUUAUAUAAAUUUAGAAAGUUAUCGGAAGUUUCGAAGUUUCCAGCAUUAUUUGAUUAUAUUUUUCCGUUUUUACUGUAUCUCAGAUUUUUCCUAUGUGAACUCUGGUAAGAUGUUUUUCAAAAAAGUUGCUGAUUUAAAAGAAAUAUAAUAAUUAUUAUUUGUCAGUUGCCCACUUACCUCGGCUACACUAACGACGAAGUACGGAGAAUAGGUCACGAAAAUCUGAAGGAAAACGUCCAAGUGGCGAGUGAGACUCACUCGCCUCGUUACUGUCCCUCAUUGGAGUUGAAGAUCAUCCGAUUCCCGAAACUUCAGCACCGAGUAUUUUUCUUUCUCCGUGUACUUUUAUCUAAAGCUCUUUCCAGUUGUUCCUCGAGCACGAGGGCCUUGAUUCAAAAGCCAUUUACCCUCAAGGAAUGUCGAUGACCUUCAAACCAGAAGUUCAGCUGAAAAUCAUGCGUGCCAUCAAAGGAUUGAAGAAGGUGAGUAUGACGAUUAAACUGAAGACUUCACAAAAAGAAGAUACUUGCAGGUAGAAUUCGUGCAAGCCGGUUAUGGAGUUCAGUACGAUUUUGUAGACCCCAAACAGCUGUACCACACUUUGGAAACGAGGAAAGUCGGAGGUCUUUUCUUAGCCGGACAGAUCAAUGGUACGACCGGCUACGAGGAAGCGGCCGCCCAGGGUUUGACCAGGAAAAUGUCCUGCAAGUUUCAAACUUUGAAUAGUUUAGGCGUGGUCUCUGGUAUCAACGCUGCUGCUCGUUCUAGAGGCGACGACGGACUCGUCAUUUCUCGGACGGAAGCCUACAUCGGUCAGUAGAUGCUCAGGCAUUUCUGAAAGUGCAUACCUAAAAUGUAUAUGAGGAAAGAAAACGAAAUACGAGACACAAAAUGAAUUAGGUUUUUCAAUAUUUGUUUCUUUGAAAUUUCAUUCUAUUAUUUUUCUGACUUGACAAAGUUUAACGUCUUUACAUAUCUGUCUACGUCUGUAAAUCUCUUUCCAGGUGUUCUGAUCGAUGACCUCAUCAGUUUGGGAACCAACGAACCUUAUAGGAUGCUGACGUCGAGAGCUGAGUGUCGACUCCACUUGAGGCUUCUAAUGUUGAUUCUUUCAUUCUGAAACUAUUCUUUUAGACCUGACAACGCCGAUAUCCGACUCACUGAACUAGGAAAAAAGUUUGGCGCCGUGGGAGAUCAAAGGUCUUUGCUACAUGGGUAAUUUUUAUAAAGUUUUUUUUAGAUGGGACAAAUUUGUCAAUAUGAAACGUCGUCUGGAGCAACUUCGGGAAGCUACCAAAGAAACCUCGAUGAGCGUCGCCAAGUGGAAACGCCUCAUUCAAAAUCUUUCAACUAAAAACGAUGCAAAAGGUCGGUCAAAUCUUCGGUGGUAUGAAAAAAAAAGCCGGCGACUUUUGGAACGGCGACUUUUCCGAUUUUUUUCGUAUCGCUAAGGAACUUUCCGACGGCCACCUUUCCGCCGAAUCCCUUUCCGACUUUUUUCUCUUAUAUUUUUUUCGUUUAUUAAACAUCUAUUAACAUUUUUUUCCUAUUUGUUCGUGUUUUGAUCAUGAACCAACUACAUACUUGAUAUAGGAAGAUUUAAAAACGAAGAGUUUAUCGAGAAAAAAAGUCGGAAAGGGAUUCGGCGGAAAAGUGGCCGUCGGAAAGUUCCCCUAGCGAUACGAAAAAAUCGGAAAAGUCGCCGUUUGAAUUUUCGCUGGUCUUUUUUUCAUAUCACCAAAUCUUCAUCUAUGAAGCGCCAGUUUUUUUUGUGGGAGGUUUCGAAUGAUUGUUUUAUACUAGAACCGCAAAGCAUGGAGAGAGAUUGGGAGAAAUAUUAUGUUAGCUUUCAAAAAUAAUUUUCCAGUUCUCUCUGCCUUUGAACUUCUUCAUCGCUACGAUCUUUCGUUGCAAGAUUUGAGUUCCGUCAUCUCUGACCUCGGCCAGCAAAACUUGGACGAAGAAGUUUUUCGGCGGUUGAAAAUCGAGGGAGGGUACGAAGUGGAGCACCAGAGGAUGCAGCAAAGAGUGAGUUUCUGGAAGGUUCGAAAAAUCUAAGCUUCGGACUUUGUUGUUUUGACAAAUAUUAGAGCUAGGGAAAACCAACUCGAUGAAAGAAGUGUCUAUGAAAAUAAGAAAAACAAGAAAGCCCAUUUCGAAAUUUUUGGAAUUAUUUUUUAAUUGUCCUUAAAUAAACUUUCAUGUAGUUUUUCAUUUUGAUUACUGUAGCUUUUCCAAUGAAGGAUAUUGUUGAGAAUCUAUAUUUUUCGCGCCGGGGUGGCAUUUUUUCUUCAAUUUGAUAACUAUGAAUUCAAAAAACGAAAAUUCGAAAGCCCAAUCAAGAUAACACAGACAAGGUAAAAGAAAACUUGAGAAAGGUUGCAGACAACGGAGAUUGAGCGCGAAGCGACGACGACGAUUCCAGAAGACGUCGACUAUUCUCAGAUGAAGGGCCUCAGUCUCGAAUGCGUGGAGAAGCUGGAGCGAGCUCGGCCGGCCAACCUCGCAGCUGCCACCAGGUUUAUUUCCCAUCUCAGUUCAGUUGAAAGGAAUCUGGUUCCUUUCAGAAUUUCUGGCAUAACUCCUGAAGCGAUCGUCGUCAUUUUGCGGCACUUGAAGUCUCCCCCGAAGGUGUCCAAUCGGACUAGGACAAUAGCCGCGUAA